UCACUGUAGAAGCUUCUAUGAAGAAAGCUUCAAUCUUGAGAUUCUUAUAUAUCCAAUGAAUUGAGACAACAUCUCUUCACCAUCUCCACAACUCUCUCUCUCUCUCUCUCUCUCUCUCUCUCUCUCUCUCUCUCUAUCUCUCUCUUUCUUUCUGUCUCUCUCUAUCUCUCUCAGAGAAAUUAAGAUGGUUUCCUCUAAUUUGAUGGUUUCUCUGGCUAUGGUCCUGGUUUUGUUACCUUUGACUGCUAGGGCUGACAUACUCACUCCUUUCUAUGAUAAUAUAUGCAAUGAAGUGGAAUGCGGAGAAGGAAGUUGUGCGGCAGCACCAGGGUCCCCGUUCAACUUCGUUUGCAAUUGUUAUGAUGGGUGGAAACGCACCCGUUUGGAUAAUGAAACUGAUCUCCAGUUUCUCCCUUGUGUUUUUCCAAGCUGUUCUGUAAACUAUUCAUGCAUGCCAGCUGUUCCUCCGCUUCCAUCCACUCCUUACAAUUUAUCCUUCUUUGAUCCUUGCUACUGGAUGUAUUGUGGAGAGGGUACAUGCACCAAGAAUUUGACAUACACACAUACAUGUCAAUGCAACGCUGGUUAUUAUAAUCUUAAAAAUAUCAGUGCCUUCCCAUGCUACAGUGAUUGUGCAAUUGGAGCUGACUGCGGAAGGCUCGGGAUUAAAGUUUCAAGCUCUACGUCUUCAACACCCUCUGGAGAUAAUGGGAAAGCGACGUCGUUUUCGCCAGGAAAGUUCCAUUGGUUAGCUAUGUUGGUGGUGUCUCUUGCUAUGAUUACGUGGAAGUGAGGAUGUGAAGUAUUUGGGUCACCCACACAUUUGAUUAUUAUAUACACUUUGUUUUAUUCAUUUUGUGUCUUAUAGUUUGUAUAAAUAAGUAAACAGUGAUAGGGGCAGGGUGGACUAUUGUAUAGAGACACUGCGAAAUACAAUAAAUACGAUUUGUUUGUUA